AUGGAUUCCAUAAGAGUAGCAAUUCGUGUUCGUCCUCUUGUAAAAUCUGAAUUAGAUCGUGGAUGUUCAAAUUGUGUGUUAGCAGAUUCCAUUAAUCAGCAGAUAAUUGUGAAUAACAAUGCUAACCUAACGUUUACAUUUAACUAUGUAUUUAGUACUGAACAUUCUCAAAAUCAAGUCUAUCAAUCGGCUGUUGAAGAUUUAGUUCAAAAAUUGUUUAGUGGAUAUAAUGUUACCAUAUUAGCAUAUGGUCAAACUGGUUCAGGUAAAACUCAUUCAAUGGGAACAAAUUUUGUAGAUGAUGAAAAUGAAGACGAAAAAGGUAUUAUUCCACGAGCCAUCCAAAAUAUUUUCAACGAAGUGCAAAAUAAAUCAGAAGAAGCUACAUUUUCAAUUAAAGCAUCAUUUAUCGAACUUUAUCAAGAACAAGUGUAUGACCUCUUAUCCCCUAAUAGAGCUACUCUUGAUAUUAGAGAAGACGGCCGUGGAAUUUGUAUUCCAGGAUUAACUGAAAUAAGUGUAUCUGAUUUUUCUUCAACACUUCAAUGUUUAGUACAGGGUUCUAGUGGUAGAGCAACUGGAGCGACUGCAAUGAAUGCUCAAUCAUCUCGUAGCCAUUGUAUAUUUACAUUAACCAUAAGUCAAAUGCAAGAAAAUGGUCCUGCUGACUAUAAUAUGGAUGAAACUGUGAGUACUCUGAGGUAUGCUAAUAGAGCAUUACAAAUUAAAAAUAAGCCCGUUAUAAAUCAGGAUCCAAUUACUGCCCAGAUUUCUGCACUUUCCAAAGAAAAUCAGGAUUUGAAAUUAAAAAUAGUUGCAAUGGAAACUAAUGGUUUUGUUAGUUGCCCACCAGAACAUAAUACAUUGCAAAAAACCAAUAAAGAUUUACAAGAAAAGAUACGGGCUAUGAGUCAAGUAUUAAGUGAAUACAUGACACAAAGCGCAUCCCUAAAUAUGAAAGCUUUAUUAGCUGAAACUGGGCGUGAUACAAUGAAAAAAAAUCUUGAAGAAUUAAAAAUAGAUUUUGAAAAUGCACUGAAAUGCAACAAUUUAGAAGAAUUUAAUAACAUAAAACAUAAAAUUGGCUCAAUUAUGGAUGAGCAUAAUAGAACUGAAGUAGAAAUUACUGGAGAUGACUAUGUUACUGCUACUGAAGACAUGGAUGAAGAUGAUGUAUCUGAGCCAGAUAAUGAAACUGAUCAAACUAAAGAGCAAAUGGUUAUGGAAACUAUACAGUUAAAUCGUGAACUAAACAAACUAAAUAAAGAACUAGCUAUGAAGGAACAUUUGGCUGCUAAACUAAUUGAAUCAGUUUCACAUAUUGGUGAAUACUGUCCCGAAGAAAAUACUGAAGAAUUGAAAAAUAAACUUGAACAAUUAAAACAAGAACGUGAUCAAUUGGAAGAAGCUCUUAAAGCUGCUCAAACAAACAAUAUUAAUUCUAAGUUGUCUGAACAAAGACGUAAAAAGUUGCAAGAGCUUGAACAAAAAAUAUCAAAUCUAACUAAGAAGUGUUUAGAACAAGAUCGAAUUAUUAAGAUGAAAGCUAAGAAUGAUAAAAAAGUAGAAAACUUAAAUAAUGAAAUAAAGAGCAUUAAAGUUAUGAAAGUAAAAUUAAUUCAACAAAUGAAAAGUGAAAAUGAAAAGUUCAGACAGUUUAAGUUGGAACGUGAUCGGGAACUUUGUCGUCUAAAAGAAAAUGAACGUAAACAAAAAAAUCAAAUGAUUCGUAUGGAACGAUUGCAUGUUAGGCAACAAGCAGCUCUGAAACGUAAAUUAGAGGAAGCUGCAAAUGUUAAUAAAAGACUCAAAGAUGCUCUUGCUGUUCGCAAAGCUAUUGAAGUUAAAAGAGAUGAAGCAUUUAUGCCAAAAGCUCAGCGUAUUCAAAAAUGGGUAAAUGAAGAGUUGGAUGUGCUAAUGAGUACAGUUGAUGCAGAAAAAACUUUAGAGCAGUUAGAAAUAGACCGAGAAACAAUAUAUAAAAUGAUACAGAGAUGUGAAGAACAAUUAGAAACAACAGGACUCACAGAUGAGUUUAAGUAUGGUUUGAAAAUGGAUAAAAAUGAAAUAACUGAAGAAUUACAGUUAAGAACUGCUCAGAUCAUGGACCUUAGACAGAAAAUAUUUGAUAGUAAUGAAGAACUGAUGAAGAAAAACCGUUUUGAUCAUUUAACAACUAUUGCUGAUACCAAAACUGCCUUAAAACAUGUAUUCCAUGUGGCUGCCGAUAAUAGGAGAGCUAUGUUAGAAUUACAGAAUCAAAUUGAGGAACUUAAAGCAUCUUUACUUGAAAAGAAAGAUAUUGUGAAAAGCGGAGAAAAAAAAAUAUUAGAUUUAAUGAACAAACAUCAAAAGCAAGUAGAACAACUCCAAAAAGAAUAUGAAGACAAUAUUCUAGUUUUAUUGAGGCAAUUAAAUGAAAAAGAAAGUGCAUCAAAUGGAGGCGAUGGUAGUGAAUUUACGGAACGAUUCAGGAUCUACGAUGAUCAACUUAGUAAAUUUGAACAGCUAAGAGAAGAAUUAAAUCAAAAAGACAAGCUAAUAUCAGAUCUUCAAACAGUUGUAAACAGUGGUAUUAGUUCACAUCGUUCAAAGUCUUCAAAAUCGAAAACUAUGAAUUCUUCCCCUAUAACUCCAACUAAUUCUGUGAUUGAUGAUACCAAAGAGAAUUGUGUAGAUAUUACACCAUUACGUCGACGUUUGAACAAGCUAAAACGAGAGAGCAGAAUGUUUGAACCUUCCGAAGAACGAGAAAAUCGCUUAAAUUUAAAAAGAAAUGCUGAAGGACAUCCAAUGUGUCUAUGUAUAAAAAAUUGUUUAAAAAAUAUUUGUAUGUGCCAAAAAAAGAAUUUGUCAUGUUCCAAGUAUUGUAAAUGUUCUGCUGCAGUAUGCACAAACAGACAUUCACCAAAACAUGAACCCAUCCAAGAAGAAGAAGAAGAAGAACCAUUAGAAAAUGUUAUGAACCAAACAUUUAAAAAACCCAAAACCGAAUUACCCACAAUAGCCGACAUAGCGAAUGAAACAUACGAUCAAUUUUAA